GUCGUCGAUAACAACUAGACUGUCGCCGGUAUGAAGUGUGUUCAGAACGUCCGAUAUAAGGGCAUAAGGUCUAUUUUCUAGUUGCAGAAAGACAGCAGUAGGGUGCAAAGGCAGUUCGCCAGUUACAGCAGCGCGUCCGCUGAACGAUAACGAAGAGGUAGGUGAGAUCACGGAGACCGUGGUGAGAAGGUGAUGAAGCGUACUUCAUGAGCAGUAACCGAAAAACAACUGGCAUUUGGAAAGUUUGAGGUCACCUGCCAAACACCCUUCCCCAGUGAAAUCCUAUCCAGUGGUGUCCCGCCCUAGUUCUCCCUCUCCUACCAACCCUCUGGACGGUGAUGGAGACACCAGCCAAGAGGGCGCAACAGUCAGACCUCUGUCUCUUCAGGACCACUCUAGCCCAAGGCCCCAGAGGUCAGGCUCAGGUGCCAGAAGCCAGACUCUUCCCAGGGCCAGCUCAGCCACCAGAAGAUCAGAGGAGACCCAGGGGGCCAGAGGAGAACGGGGGGCCCUGGUCAACAUGGAACUUCUUGGGUUGCCUAACAUUGGCAACACUUGCUUCCUAAACGCCACCCUGCAGUGCCUCCUGGUCCUGCCUUCCUUCUCAAAGGAAAUCCUACGCCAGGAACAACUCUGGAGCUCCUCCCCCUUCUCCAACCUGCUCAGGUGUCUGUCUGAUGUGCACCGUUCGGGUCUACCUGACAGUGGUGCAAACCAGGCCUCAAAAGCAGACCUCAUGUGGAAGGUCAAGUACUCCUUGUCGGGAUAUGAUUUGAAGUAUCUGGGGGACACGCAACAGGACGCACACGAGUUACUUGUGAAUAUGCUGUGCCAGCUGAAGGAGGAGGGCAUGAUACUGAAGACGCACGGGGUGAACUAUACCUGCCCUGUUUCCCAGCUGGAGUUCCAGCUUGUCUCAGUGCGCACAUGUACCAGCUGUGGGCGCGAGUCGUCCACCAGAGAGGACUACAAUCACCUCUCAUUGGACUUCACCUCUGAGCGCACCUUGCUAAGCAGCCUAGCACUCACUUUCAAAGGAGAAAAGGUUGAAUUCACAUGUGCGGGCUGCAAGGGCCUCCACGCCUCAAAGGUGGAGCAGUUCCACACACUGCCUCUUGUGCUGGUUCUGCAUCUGAAGAGGUUUGGAGGACCUGGGGGGUUGGAGAAGCAGGAGGCUCCUCUUUUGUUUCCUUCGGAGCUGAGGCUCUCCACCUUCUGCGGGGACACGGUGCCACCCCUGCACAGUGCCAGCCCACAGGCCCUCACCAACCAGACCCCCAAUAUCCAGGUGUCCAUCCCCCAGACCCUCGCCAGCCAAGUCUCCAACCCACCUGGAGAGGCCAAAGAUAGCGCCCUCUGCUGUUCAGAAGCAGCCAGUGAAGUCAGUGAUUGGCUACUACCAGCUGACUGGCGUAGUCUCUCAUUUGGGAGGCUCCGCAAACUCCG